AUGCUGGUGAUAGUAAUUAUUUGUGUCAGAAAAAAAGUGAAAUAUUAUUUUAAAUUUGUGGUAUUUUGUUUAACAUGUGUUAUUGCAACAUCAUGGCCAAUUUUAUUCAUGUUACUUCGACCAUUUGAUUGGAAAAAUGCCACAAUACCAGCAUGGCAAUUACGAAAAAUGAUGAAAUUCAUGGGUAUGAAUUUUAUUAUUCGAGGACAUGAAAAUAUUGUUAAAAAUAGUCCAGCUGUUGUAAUAAUAAAUCAUCAAAGUAGCUUGGAUCUUGUUGUAUUGGCUGAAAUUUGGGGAGUCAUUGAAAAUUGUAUUCUCAUAGCUAAACAAGAAAUUCUAUGGUACAGUGGUACACUCGGUUUGGCUGGAAUACUUUGGGGUACAGUAUUUAUAAACAGAAAAAAACACAAAGAAUCAGUUAAUGCAAUGAAUAAAACUGGUGAAAUAAUAAAUAAAAGAAAAGCCAAAUUAUUAUUGUUUCCUGAAGGAACAAGACACUCGGAUAAUACACUUGGACCAUUCAAAAAAGGUGCAUUUAAUGUUGCUAUAUCAUCACAAGCACCAAUACAACCAAUUGUUGUUUCAAAAUAUUAUUAUAUUGAUCAUGAUAAAAAAAUAUUCAACUCAGGAAAAAGUUAUAUAACAAUAUUACCAGCAAUUUCAACUGAAGGCAUGACUAAAAAUGAUCUUGAUACAUUGAUGAAAAAAUCAUAUGAUGUCAUGAAUCGAGAGUUUCAAAGUUUAACUAAUGAAAUAUUAGCUAAAGUUAAACGAGAAACUAAUGAAUAA